AUGACAAUUAAAACAACAAAACAACAACAACAAAAACAACAACAAAAGAUAGAAUCAUCUAAAAAGAAAAAGAUUCAACAAGAAGAAAUAAUUCAACAAGAAGAGGAGGUAGAAGAUGAAGUAGAGGAAGAAGAAGUUGAAGACGAAAAUGAUGAAGAAGUAGAGGAAGAUGAAGAGGAAGAAGAACAAGAAGAAGUUGAAAAUGAAGAAGAUGAAGAAGAUGAAGAAGUAGAGGAAGAAGAAAUUGAAGAAAUUGAAGAAGUUGAAGAGAAACCAAAAUCAUUUGGAGAUUUAAAAUUACAACCAUGGUUGGUAAAUAGUUGUAAAAUAUUAGGAUUUAAACAACCAUCAAAUAUUCAAUACAAUACUAUACCAAAGGUAUUGGAAGGUAGAGAUAUUUUGGCUAGUGCAAAGACUGGUAGUGGUAAAACUGCUGCUUUUGCCAUUCCAAUCCUCUCUCUAUUGUCAGAAGAUCCAUAUGGAGUAUUUGCCGUUGUUUUGACACCAACACGUGAAUUGGCCGUUCAAAUCGGUGAACAAUUCAAAGCAAUUGGUUCUGCAAUGAAUGUCAAUUGUGCUGUCGUUAUUGGUGGUAUCGAUUCCGUAGCACAAUCACUUGUUUUGGAUAAACGUCCUCAUAUCAUUGUUGCAACUCCCGGUCGUCUCGCCAGUCAUCUUUCCAAUGGUCUCAAAAUUGCUCUCAAAUUUUGUAAAUUCCUUGUACUCGAUGAAGCUGAUCGUAUUCUUUGUGAAGAUUUUGAAUUAGAAAUAGAAAAAAUAGUAGAACAUUUACCACCAAUUGAAAAUAGACAAACAUUAUUAUAUUCGGCGACAAUGACCAAUAAUUUAAAGAAACUUCAAUUGGUACCAAUGAAAGAUCCGUUUGUAUUUGAAGAUAAUUCAAAAUAUGAUACGGUCGAUACACUCAAACAACAUUAUAUAUACAUGCCUGCAUUGGCCAAAGAUUGUCAUUUGGUCUAUCUACUCAAAUCAUUCCCACAAUCGAGUUGUAUCAUCUUUGUCAACAAUUGUAGAACGGUUGAAGCCGUAAAGGGUAUGUUGAACAAACUCGACAUCAAGACGGUAUCGUUACACUCUUUUCUCGAUCAAAAGGGUCGUCUUAGAGCACUCAAACAAUUCAAAUCUGGGUUUGUCAAGGUAUUGAUUGCAACCGAUGUUGCUAGUCGUGGUUUGGAUAUUCCAGACGUCCAAAUUGUCAUCAACUACAAAUUAUCAAAUUCUUCCAAAGAUUAUAUCCAUCGUGUUGGUAGAACCGCCCGUUUUGGUCGUACCGGUAAAGCCAUCUCUUUUGUCACUCCUCAUGACGUUGAUCUAGUCAAAAAUGUUGAAACCGCUAUUGGCAAACAACUAGAAUUAUAUCCAACCGAGGAUGAUGAAGUGUAUCGUCAUCUCAACGAAGCUUCAACCGCCAGAAAAAUGGUUGAAAUCUAUCUAGAUGAAGUUGAAUUUGGUGUAAAAGAAAAAGAAAGAAGAGAAGAAAGAAAUGAAGAACAAAAACAAAUCAUGUCUGAUAGAGCAAAAAAUAUUAAUAAUCAAAAGAAUCAAAAGAGAUCAAAUGAUCAAAUGAAAUCAACUGACAAUCAAAAAGUUAAAAAUAAUAAUAAUACAAAUAAUAAUAAUAAUACUAAACAACCAACUACUACUACAACUUUAAAGAAUGUUAAAGAAGGUGGAUUCUCAUUAUUUAAAAGAAAGAAAACAAAGGAAUAA